AUGCGUAUCCUCAGCAAGGUUUUGGAGCGCGAUGGCAGCGGCACGGUAUCUGUCAUCCCAGACUGCGAUGAGGAUCUGUAUCACUUGUACAACCUCAUACAACCGGAAGAUCUCGUGUCUGCUUCGACCGUUCGAAGAAUCCAAAGCGAGUCGAGCACGGGCUCGAUUGAAUCACAUCGGAUGCGCCUCCAGCUCACCUUGUCAGUCACCAAGAUUGAUUUUGAGAUGGCUGCAGGCUCAGGUAUGUCAAGCGCCGUCUCUACAUCUAAUGAGCCUCUUUCUGAGAGCGAUGCAAGCUCGCCAGCCUCGACGCCCAUGAGCUCCCUGGUGCUGGGCGAAGCUGGUAGCACGCCCUCUUUAAGCGGUGCAAGUCAGGGGCAACCGACGCUGCACAUCUCAGGACGCGUGGCUGUGGAAAAUAAUCACGUUCGCACUGGCUCCUUCCACACGUUGGAUAUCGAGCUGAAUCGUAAAGUAUCGAUUACGAAGGAGCAAUGGGACCAGCAUCAUUUGGAUAUCCUGGAGGAGAGUGGCAAUGCAGGCAGCACGGCCGAAGUCGGCGCCAUUAUCUUGGGCGAAGGUCGUGCCAUCGUGUGUCUUUUGACAAACACCAUGACCAUCAUUAAGCAGCGCAUUCAGGUCUCCCUCCCAAGAAAACGCGCUGGGGCAGGCUACGGCGUGGCUCAACAGUCGACAGGCACAACGAAACUUACUGAUCGUUUCUACACACAGGUAUACGAUGCCGUUAUCAAGCUGCUUUCGCUUCCUGAGAUGCGUGUCGUGCUCCUUGCCUCGCCUGGUUUCUGGCGUGAUAAUAUGUAUGACUAUUUACUGUCUGAGGCUACGAAACGGUCUGACAAGAUCCUUAUGGGUAAUGAGGGAAAGCGAAAGCUCUUAAAGGUUCAUUGCGCGACGCCGCACGUCCAUUCUUUAAUGGAGGUGCUCAAGAGCCCCGAGGUGGCGGCCCAGUUGCAGAACACCAAAUUUACGCGUGAGAAUCAAUUGAUGGACCAAUUCCUUCGAAAGCUUGCUACGUCGGAACAGUUUGCAUGGUAUGGUGAGCGCCAAAUUUUGAUGGCAGCUGACCGUGGCGCUAUCGGUACCUUGUUGCUUUCUGAUGCCUUCUUGCGGAAUGUCCACCCGACGAUUCGGAAACGAUGGCUAGAGUUGUGCGAUCAGGUCAAGAGCUUUGGUGGCUCUGUUGUCAUAUUUAGUUCCCUGCACGAAAGUGGCCGGCAGCUGAACGGUCUGGGCGGUGUAGCUGCCCUGCUGACCUAUCCCUUGGAUCUUGACCUUGUCGAAGAAGAGGAAGAAGAGGCACGGGCGGCAGCCACCUAA